AUGAUGAACCAGCUCUUGGAGAAAGUUGAACUUGCCACUAGAAGUAGAAAAGAUGAAGCUGGAAUAUCAGAAGAAGAAGAAGAAGAGACUAGAUACUCGUCAAUGGAGAUGCAUCAUCAGAACAAGAUAAAGAGAUAUGAAGAGAGAGAGAGAGAGGAUGAGAUAGCUAAAUGGAGAGAGUAUUACUGCUCAGAGGAAGGAAUGGAGGCUGAGAAGGCUAAGUGGAGUAAGAUUUAUUACUCUACUUUGAAAGAGAAAGAGAAAGUAGUCCAUGAAGAGGAAGAAGAAGUAUCUUGGGAAGUUGCUGAGUCAGAAUCGGAAUCCAAGGAGGGAGCCUUCCAUGGAAACAACUACACACAGUCACAACCAUCACCGCCACUAUUGUGUGACGAUGAAGAUGAAGUAUCAUCGGAAUUUUCUGAGUUGGAAUCGGAAUCCGGGCCAACACUACAGCUUCCACCACCUUCACUGCCGUUGUCUCCACAAUCUUCUAGGUAUGAGAACAGAAAAGAAGGAGCGAUGAUGAUCCUAGGAGGAGACGUAAUCAGAACUUCCAUUGUUGAAGUGCAGGAAGGAAUAGCCAAGUCUGAUAUUGAAGAACUAUCAUCGGAACUUUUUUAG